AUGUGGAAAGAUGCCGAAGGCAAAAUAGUUACUAAGAAACCUAGCUUAUCAAACGACGGUCCGAAGACGCGGUCUGUUUCGCAACCACAAAGUGAAGACCUACUGCAGUCAUUGCCGGACUUCAACUCUUUCUCACAUCAAGGUCUUCCUAUAUCGCCACCAACAUCAAACAAUCCGUCGGUAUCUCAUUCCCUUGAUGACAACGACUCCGGCAUCGGAACUCAUUACCCAUCGAUCACUCUCAAUCCCAACAGCAUCUCUACGUCCAGUUCAUACUCGCCUACAGAUCAGCGUUUCUGGUCUAACGACAACACGCAGCCUUCAAGCGCUUCAGGUGGUUCAAGCGGUUCAAGCGAUCCUUUCGUCUCUGCAGUCUUCGACAAUGCGCCAUUCGACGAGAUAUUCAACCCAGAUACGGCAAGCUCUUUUAAUGCGCCCUUCACAACCAUGAGCAACUACAAUUGGCUUUUUGACAUGGACUGGACGAGCAACGAUCAGGCUCAACAGCCCAUCGUAGGAGAUCCAUUUCCUGCCUUGUCCAUGGGGAAUAACAAUAUCUCUCAGCCGAGUCAUGCUCUGGAUUUUCAUUUGGACCAUAUGGAUAUAGACGCAUCGCUGUCGACAGUUGGCCAAUUUGGCUCGCUUCCAUCCCAAUCCAAUGGACUCCCUCAUCCCCACUCACCAAGUGCACCAAUAAUCACGCCGCCACUCGACGAAGGAGACAAGUUGGCUACUGAUACUAUCAUGCCUUCCGGUGCCAAGGCUGUUUCUAUGGAUGGAACAUCAAAUGUCCUAGUAUCAGCGAUAGACAGCAAUUCUGUUUUGGAUGUGGAGCGACCCAUGUCUCUACUCCAGCCAUCACGAAGCUUGCCAAUUAUUGACGAGCUGGCUCGUCAGCAGCUACUCGAUCUCAUUGACAUCAUACAACCUACCGUACCAGAUGGUAGUAUAGUCAUGCGAGAUCACCCGCUACUUUCAUUAUCCUGCUUGCAAACAUACUGCGAUCUCUUUUUCACACGCUUCAACACCACAUACCCGCUGAUUCACAUGUCUACGUUCGAUCCAUCAGAAGUUGAUACUCUACUCCUUGCAUCAGUGUUGCUGCUGGGUGCAACAUAUGGAGAGAAAGAUGCACACCAACUUGCUGUAUGCAUUCAUGAUGUACUACGACCUCAAAUCUUUGCAAAUGCUGGCUUUUCGGCGAAGCCAGAUCUCUGGGUACUCCAAACCAUCUUAUUAGUAGAGUGCUUUGGUAAAAGUAGAGCCGGUCAGAAGCAACACGACAUGUCACACUUGUUUCACGGCCUGCUCAUCAACCUCAUUCGUCGAAGCGAUUGCCAAAUCAUCCGGCCACCAACACCGGAAGAGGCAACAGAUGAUCUUGAAGAUGACUGGCGGACAUGGUGCGAAGCAGAGCAAAAGAAGAGGUUGGCGUUUCUAUGCUUCAUGUGGGACACGCAACAUGCAGUACUUUUCUGUCAGUCACUAUGCAUGUCCGCCUUUGAACUUCGCUCCAACAUGCCCUGCGAUCAGGCUAUCUGGGAGGCCGACUCAGCGGAGACAUGGCACCAAUUAAGGCAGAAGCAACCAACAACUCCGUUGUUUUUAUCAUGCCUGAAGAUGUAUCUUCAUCCAAACGCUGCCACCAUUCCUAAGAACUUGAAUGCGUUAUCACGAUCUCUACUCCUUCAUGGCCUGAUGUCAGUAGCAUGGGACAUGCAACGCCGCGAUCAGACAUCAUUAGGAGUCGUCGAGUCAAAUCCACUAGGCGAUUGGCAAACUCGUCUCGCGACCUCUUAUGUCGCCUGGCACGCGGAUUAUACAGCUUUCUGCACUACAUAUCUUUCCUCCCUUCCCUCAUCCAUACACCCUCUGGCUAAAGAAUUCCAUGUCUACCGCACCGCCACACUAGCGCUGUACCACUCCGCGCACAUACUCCUUCAUACACCCUUCCUCGACCUACAAAUUUACGCCGGCGCCCGCCACAUACUAGGCCGCCCGGUGGCCCGCCACGACUACGCGCGCUCUCAACGUGUGGUCAAGAAAUGGGUAGCGGAAAACAUCCAAGAAGCUGGGAAAGCAGUCUGGCACGCUGCCGCCCUUGUAAGCGAAGGGGUGGAUAUUCUCGACGGAGAACUCAGCUCCUCGGAUAUCGGGGGAGGAAGACUAUGGCAUCACCCUUGGGCUGUGUACCUCGGUACGUUGGUAGUUUGGGGAGUGUGGUAUGCUCGACCAACACCACCUCCUUCUUUUGAAGAUCAGCUGCCGCAGCACCUCCAGCAUCUAGAUGAUGACGAUGAGAUUAUUUGGGAUCCUGUUGCGGAGAUGAAGACACUUCUUGACACUGUUCUCGGGGCUCAGCCCGAAAAGCUCCUUGAAGCUGGCGGUGACCGCAUUGUCGCUGGCAGUGUAGGCAAGAGGGGUACAAACGGGCUUGCAGCAGUUGUGAGCAGAUGUUUGAGUAAAGUGCGAUGGGCCGUUGUCCACGAUGGUAUGAUGGUGCUGAGAGGUCUAGUGCAGUGGCGGUUAGUUGGUGGGGGCGCAGGUCUUGGUGGCUUAUGA